CACUUCCUUCUGGUUCUCUCAUGUCCCAAAGCCAUCUCAUUCCUUUCACCGACAUGGCUAAACUCCUCGCCCUUCGGGGCAUAGCCAUUACCAUUAUUAUCACACCCCUCAAUGCGAUCAAAUUCAAGACCAUUAUUGAUCAGGCAAUCCAUUCCAAUCUCAACAUCCAAUUUAUCCCUCUCCAAUUUCCCUGCCAACAAGCCGGUUUGCCUUAAGGACGUGAAAACAUGGACAGUAUCCCUUCUCCGGACUUGAACAAACAAUUUAUUUUAGCAUCUAGUAUGCUCCAACAACCUCUUGAAAAUUUGCUUGGACAUUUGAAGCCGCCGCCUAGCUGCAUAAUUGCUAGUGUUUGUCUUCCUUGGACUCGGGAUGUUGCCGUGAAGUUCAAAUUCCAUGGGAUUUCUUGCUUCACCCUCUUGUGCUGUAAAAACAUUGAGCGCUCCGACGUUCUCAAGAGUGUGGCAGCUGAUUCAGAGUCGUUUGAGGUACCGGGCAUGCCUGAUAAAAUUGAAUUUACGAAGGCCCAGUUACCCCCAGGAUUUCAACCAAGUUCAGAUGACUCAGGAUUUGCGGAGAAGAUGAGAGCCACAGCCAUUUUGGCGCAAGGGGAGGUGGUGAAUAGUUUUGAGGAGUUGGAGCCAGACUACUUGCUGGAGUACAAGAUAUUGGAGAACAAAGUUUGGUGCAUAGGGCCUGUUUCUCUAUGUAACAAAGAGAUGUCAAAUAAGUUUGGGAGAGGCAACAAGGCCUCCAUUGAUGAAAACCAGUGUUUGAAGUGGCUCGACUCCAGAAAGCCAAAGUCUGUGAUUUAUGCUUGCUUUGGCAGCCUAUGUCACUUUUCAACUUCACAACUCAUAGAGAUUGGUUUGGGCUUAGAAGCAUCAAACCGUCCCUUCGCUUGGAUAAUUAGACAAAGUGAUUUCUCCUUUGAAUUAGAGGAACGGUUGCUGGAAGAGAGGUACGAAGAGAGAAUCAGGGGGAGAGGUCUCAUAAUCCGAGGAUGGGCACCUCAAGUAUUGAUAUUGUCCCAUCCAGCAGUAGGGGGCUUCUUAACACACUGUGGUUGGAAUUCUACCGUUGAAGGAAUCUGCAGUGGAGUUCCAAUGAUAACUUGGCAAGGGGUUUUUCCCUAUGACAUUGUUGAUCCAAGAUCCCAAAACAUGGACAGUAUCCCCUCUCCGGACUUGAAGAAACAAUUUUUUUUAGCAUCGAGUAUGCUCCAACAACCUCUUGAAAAUUUGCUUGGACAUUUGGAGCCGCCGCCUAGCUGCAUAAUUGCUAGUGUUUGUCUUCCUUGGACUCGGGAUGUUGCCGUCAAGUUCAAGAUUCCAUGGCUCGUCUUCCAUGGGAUUUCUUGCUUCACCCUCUUGUGCGGUAAAAACAUUGCGCGCUCCGACGUUCUCAAGAGUGUGGCAGCUGAUUCAGAGCCGUUUGAGGUACCGGGCAUGCCUGAUAAAAUUGAAUUUACGAAGGCCCAGUUGCCCCCAGGAUUUCAACCAAGUUCAGAUGGCUCGGGAUUUGUGGAGAAGAUGAGAGCCACAGCCAUUUUGGCGCAAGGGGUGGUGGUGAACAGUUUUGAGGAUUUGGAGCCAAACUACUUGCUGGAGUACAAGAAAUUGGUGAACAAAGUUUGGUGCAUAGGGCCUGUUUCUCUAUGUAACAAAGAGAUGUCAGAUAAGUUUGGGAGAGGCAACAAGACCUCCAUUGAUGAAAACCAGUGUUUGAAGUGGCUCGACUCCAGAAAGCCAAAGUCUGUGAUUUAUGCUUGCUUUGGCAGCCUAUGUCACUUUUCAACUUCACAACUCAUAGAGAUUGGUUUGGGCUUAGAAGCAUCAAACCGUCCAUUCGUUUGGAUAAUUAGACAAAGUGAUUGUUCCUUUGAAAUAGAGGAAUGGCUGCUGGAAGAGAGGUACGAAGAGAGAAUCAAGGGGAGAGGUCUCAUAAUCCGGGGAUGGGCCCCUCAAGUAUUGAUAUUGUCCCAUCCAGCAGCAGGGGGCUUCUUAACACACAGUGGUUGGAAUUCCACAAUUGAAGCAAUCUGCAGUGGUGUUCCAAUGAUAACUUGGCCAAUGUUUGCGGAGCAGUUCUAUAAUGAGAAGCUGGUUGUCCAAGUCCUGAGGAUUGGAGUAGAAGUAAUUGUACAGUGGGGAGAGGAAGAGAAGGCUGGGGCAUUGGUGAAAAGGAAUCAAAUAAAGGAGGCUGUGGACAAGUUAAUGGAUGAAGGAAAGGAAGGAGAAGAGAGAAGAGAAAGAGCUAGAAAGCUUGGGGAGUUGGCAAAGAUGGCAGUAGAGGAAGGGGGUUCUUCCCACUUGAAUACGACAUUAUUGAUCCAAGAUAUCAUGGAACAAGUCAAUCAAAAUGGACCAACCAAAGAAAUAGUAUAG